UGCUGUCUUGAUCAUGACGAGGUCGAGGUCCGCGUCCAGAAGUAAUGUCCUUGAAAAUCACACUGAUUACAGUCUUCAGCUAAAUCGAUGGUACCUCAUACCGAUUGGCGCUUGGCCACGAAUGAACAACUCAAACGUAGCGUGCAAUGUACUCGUGCUGAUACACAUUUUCAUUUGUCUGAUCAUGAUGACAGUAAUCAUGAUACCGUGCACAUUAUUCGUAAUAUUCGAGAAAGCGAACAUCAAAUUGAAAUUAAGCGCCAUCGGUCCGCUGCUCUACAGACUUAUGGGCUCGGUGAAUUAUUGGAUGCUUCUCAAACGUAGCAGCGACAUUCGUAAAUUGAUACGGCACAUGGAGGAAGAUUGGAAGAUCAUACAUAGGAUCGAGGAUCGCGAAGUGAUGCUGCAGUACGCCAAGUUCGGCCGCUCCGUCGCCGGAAUCUGUGGGGUAAUCAUGCACGGUGGGGCGUUUCUGUUUAGCAUAGCCAGGGCAAUAAAGACCGUGCCCAUCACCGUUGGCAACAAGACCCUUCGGAUGCAUCCGAUGACGUGUCCGAUCUACAGCCAGAUCAUCGAUAUAAGAUUCAGUCCUGUGAAUGAGAUCGCGUUGAUCAUGCAGUUCCUGUCGACGUUCAUAGUAAGUUCAUCCACCGUCGGCGCUUGCAGUCUGGCGGCCGUCUUCGCGAUGCACGCGUGCGGUCAAUUAAACGUCCUUUGCACGUGGCUACGUGAACUUGUAGAAAACCAGAAGGGAAAUCAGACAGCCGAACAGAAAUUGGCCGCUAUUGUCGAGCAUCAUCUCAGAAUAUUGACUUUUAUAGCACGUGUGGAAAGUAUUAUGAAUAAGAUUUCUCUUGUGGAAUUGAUGGGAUGUACGAUAAAUAUGUGCUUACUUGGAUAUUAUUUGAUUAUGGCUUGGGAAGAUUUUGAUGCAACAAAAAUAACAUCUUACGUUAAUGUGUACUUUUCGAUGGCAUUUAAUAUUUUUAUAUUUUGCUAUAUCGGAGAGAUUAUCACAGAACAGUGCAAACACAUCGGGGAAGUGGCAUAUAUGACCAAUUGGUAUAAUCUACAUCACAAAACUGCACUUGGUCUUAUUUUAAUAAUAGCACGAUCAAGUAAUGUAAUAAAGAUCACUGCAGGAAAAAUUUUUCAUUUGUCCAUCGCAACGUAUGGCGACGUAAUGAGAACUUCUAUGGUAUAUUUAAAUCUUUUACGAACUCUAACAAUAGUUCAAAUAUUUACUAAUAUAUAUCCUGUAAUGUUAGACCGUUCGCCAAACUCUUUCGAAGAUCGGCGCAGGCGCUUCUCAUAUUCCGGGCACGAUGAAUUGUCUAUCCGUGGCCAGUACACCGUGCGCUUUCACGUAGCGAUCAUGUCAAAUUCCAAACGUGCGCCUGAAAGCGACAUAUCGAAAAAAUAUAAUGAUUACAGUUUACAAUUGAAUCGAUGGCUUAUCAAGCCGAUCGGUGCGUGGCCGCAAAUAAACGCGUCGAGCUUAGCAUGGAGAAUUUUUAUAUUACUACAAAUUCUCAUUUGUGCGAGCUUAGUAGCGUCUGUAACGGUACCGUGUUUGUUAUAUGUGUUAUUUGAAAAAGUUAACGUCAAGCUAAAACUGAACGCCCUUGGGCCACUGAUUCACAGGCUUAUGGGAUCUAUAAAUUACUGGGUGUUGCUCAAUCGCAGCAAUGACAUUUAUAAAUUAAUGCGGCACAUGGAGGUAGAUUGGAAUCGCAUACAGAAGAUCGACAAUCGCAAAGUGAUGCUGCAAUAUGCUAAGUUCGGUCGUUUCAUCACCAUGAUCUGUGGGAUGAUCAUGCAGGGCGGUACGUUCAUCUUCAGCUUAACGAAAGCGCUGAAAACUACAACCAUCGUCAUCGGCAAUGAGACUUAUACGACGUAUCCGAUGACGUGUCCGAUUUAUAGUAAAAUCAUCGACAUAAGAUUCAGCCCUGUAAACGAAAUCGCGUUAGUUCUGCAGUUCCUGUCAACGUUCAUAGUCAGUUCCUCUACCGUCGGUGCUUGUAGCUUGGCCGCCGUCUUCGUGACACAUGCUUGUGGUCAGCUGAACGUGAUGUAUGCGUGGCUACAUGAACUUGUUGAAAAUCAGGAAAAAGGAAAUCAUGCAGUUAAACGAAAAUUGGCCACCAUCGUGGAACAACAUUUGAGAACAUUGAGUUUUUUAUCACGUGUGGAAAGUAUUAUGCAUAAAGUUUCUUUUGUGGAAUUAACGGGAUGCACGAUAAAUAUGUGCUUAAUUGGAUAUUAUGUUAUAAUGGCUUGGGAAAUGCUCGAUACAGCAAAAAUAAUGUCUCUCGUUAUGAUAUAUUUUUCGAUGGGAUUUAAUAUUUUUAUAUUUUGUUACAUUGGAGAGAUUGUCACAGAACAGUGCAAAUAUGUCGGAGAAAUGGCAUAUAUGACCGACUGGUAUAAUCUACAUCACAAAACUGCCCGUAGUCUCAUUUUAAUCAUUGCUCGAUCGAGUAACGUGAUUAAGAUCACCGCAGGAAAAUUAUUCCAGUUAUCUAUCGUAACUUUUGGUGAUGUAAUGAAAACUUCCGUGGUAUAUUUAAAUCUUUUACGAACAUUAACAUAAUAUGAAACAUAAAUUUCAAGAAAUACGACAAAUAUAUUU